GACUGAGUCUUACCUCCAACAAACUUCAGAGGACGCACCGCGGAGAGCGGUUCCCUUGGAAGAACGAGGUACACCUGCACCGGAUCACAUCGCCUGGAAUCGAGACUGGGAACGGAUUCACUUGACUGGGCAGACUGGUGAGAUGCUUGUCGGCAGCUGUGUUACCGAUUUAAGGCUAAAAUACAAUUGAGCUUUCUACUAACCCUUCGUUUGCUCCCACCCACUUUUCCAUAGCGACCCACCCUGUGGGGAACACGUUUUACUCGUAGUUUCAACAACAAAAAGCCACUCGUACCAUGUCACGUCAAAAUCCAAGACGUCAUGCCUACCCAUCCCCUUCUCCAGUCGGUUUUGCAGAUAACGUCGUCACAUAACCUCCAGCCAGAGGAAAGAUGGACCCUCAUUGCAGAAGGCACGAGCGAGGCAGCAACUGGACAGACCAAGAGAUCGUGGAGCUGCUCCAGCUGUGGUCCGAGGACUCCAUCCAGAUAGAAUUGGAAAGCUCAUUGCGCAACCAGCGUGUGUUUGACCGCAUCGCACUCAUUCUGCGCGAAAAGGGCAUGUUCCGCACAGGCGACCAGUGCAGGGAGAAAAUUAAAAAGAUGAAGCUGGAGUAUCGUCGUAUUAAGGACAACCACAAAUCGAGAUCUUGGAAAUUUUACGAUGUGAUGGAUCGAGUUUUAGCUAACCGACCGGCUCUCACAUCAUCCACUCAGGGUGGAACAUUUGUUGCGCACCAUUUGUAUCAAAGCCCAGAUAGAAGUGACUCAUUGCAGGGGAAUUACUCCCUAGGCUCUUUUGGUCCAGCUACUUCGGGUGGGUUUCUAUUUGGUCAGCCCCCUAAAACUGAAGAUCCACUGGAUGUAAAAUGUGAGGAUGCUGAGGCAAUCCUGCUGAACACUGAUGUUGCACAACCAGAUCUGUGUUCCAGAUCAGGAGAUGAACCAGAAACCGAUGGAAGAUCUUUACUCGGAACAGAGGAUAUACUCGCUCAAGGCGACAAUUCUGCUUUUUCAAAAAUUUCCCCUUCAGGCAAUGUUCCUGUGCCACAUGACACAUCUCAGGAGAGCCUCCCUUCCCCAGCUGCAACAAAACAGAGGAGACGUCGUAAGGCAGGCAAAACCGUGUGUGGCCAUGGAGGUGGAAAGUGUUGCAGCCAGGGCCCCCUCAACAAAGCGCUUGCCAACCUCCUCGUGUGGCAGCAGUGCGCUGAAGAUCGCCUCCUCUCCUGGGAGGAGGCACGGCUCGAGAAGGAGUUGCAAGCUGAUGAGCGCAGACAGCAGCAAGAAGAGAAGAGAGCGGAACGGGAGCGCCAACAUGAGAUGCACCUGUUCAACAUGCUCACUGGGGCGUUAACUGCAGUCAGACAGGGUGCUACGACCACCGAAACGGCACCCACUAACACCGCCGUCUCCCUGCUAGACCAUCAGUCAGCUUUCCUGGCGACAUCAACGGCCUCCUCUGCCCCAUCCUCAUCUCAGCCACAUACACAGGCUCCCUCCGCACUCGCUGUUUCCACUAAGGCGACAAUGAAGUCGGAGCUGCACCCAUCAGUCAAAACCUGCACAUCUUCUGAGAGUGUGUUGGCAACUGUGAGAGGUGCGAAGUCUCCUGAGGCCAGCGUGUACCUGUCCAAUCGUGGUAACAGUAUUCGACAGCAACAAGGCAUCCUCCAGGCAGGCUUUGCUCACUAUGGAGCAAACAGAUAUGACAUAGACAACCCUAACGGUGUUAUCAAUUUGGGCACAAGCGAGAACAAGCUCUGCUAUGAUCUUCUUCAUAAAAGGUUGACCCGAUCUGACAUGCUACAUGUUGACCCAGCACUGUUGCAGUAUGGCGAUUGGAGAGGACAUACGUUCCUGAGAGAAGCGGUUGCCGAGUUUCUAACUCACUAUUGCCAUUCUCCAAAGCUAUUGAAAGCUGACAAUGUUGUGGUGAUGAAUGGAUGUAGUGCCCUCUUUUCGUGCAUUGCAGCAGUCAUUUGUGACCCAAAAGAUGCCAUUCUCAUUCCUAGCCCUUUCUAUGGUGCUAUUACUGAGGACGUGCAGUUGUACAGUGAUGUCAAGUUGUUCCAUGCCCCUCUCGAAUCUGAGGAUGGUAACGAAGAUGGUCGACUUUUUCACCUCACCGUGAGCAAACUGGAGGAAGCUAUGCAAAGAGCUAAGCAAGAGGGGGUGAACAUUCGGGCUAUUAUUCUUGUGAACCCUCACAAUCCUCUUGCUGAGAUCUACACCCCAAACGAGAUGCUUUCCUUCUUGCAGUUUGCCAAAAGAAAUGAGAUCCAUGCCAUCAUAGAUGAAGUGUACAUGCUGACAGUGUUUGAUGAAUCAGUAACAUUUCACAGUGUCCUCAGUCUAGAAAGUUUGCCCGACCCACAGAGGACACAUAUAAUGUGGGGGCUGAGCAAGGACUUUGCAAUGGCUGGAAACAGGAUAGGCACUCUUUAUACUGAGAACCAAGACCUUGUGGAGGCUUUGACCAAAUUGGGCUCUUUCCAUGGUGUUACCGGGACAUCUCAGCAUCAGGUUGCACAACUUCUUCAGGACAGAGAGUGGAUCAGCAAGGAGUUUUUGCCUGAGAACAGACGCCGAUUGAAAGCUGCUCAUCGCUACCUGACGGAUGAGUUGCAGACAAUGGACAUUCACUACCUGGACAGUUCUGCUACUUUGUAUGUCUGGGCUGACUUCAGGAAGUUUCUCAGAUCCCCAUCAUUUGAGGAGGAGUUGUAUAUGUGGCGAUGCUUCCUCAAACAUAACGUUGUCUUAAGCUGUGGGCAAGCCUUCUCCUGCUGUACACCUGGCUGGUUUCGCAUCGUAUUCGCUGACCAACAGGACCACCUUCAACUUGGACUCAAAAGAAUCAGAGAGGCCUUAAAAGAAAUCAAAGAAAGCAGUACCAACAGAGAUUUCUUCAUUGUCAAAGAAGCCAGUGAGGAGAGCGAGAGACCAGUGAAUGAGGACAGUGCACCUUCCGACAAUGCUACUAUUGAAAAUUCAACAUCAUCCCCCCAGAGCAAGUCAUCAGACCAGCUGAAGGAGAAGGCGUGUUCUGUUCUUGACACGAGCUCGCUGGGCCCUGAUGAGCUUGUGUUGCUUGACUGCCAAGCCGCUAAGCCUGCAGAGAGCCUGGACACUCUGAUUGGUACUCUCAAGCAUCAAAUCCGCUCUUCUGAUUGGUUGGAAAAGAACACGCCAGAGCGGUCUGCAGGGGAGGACCCAGAGAUUCUUGAUGUUUUUCAAACCCUUUUGGCACAAGCCAGAAAGUAAAAUUAUGGAUAAACAGGCAAAGAUGUGGCUGCCAAAUUACAGCGAGCAGCACCUAAGAAACUCUGUUGUGACUUUAUGUUUAUGGCGAAAAGCUCAACACCCAAAGGGGGUCGGUUGAUUUUUUUUUUUUUUUUUAAAUGUAUUUCUAUUUAUGGGAGCGGGGGGUGGGGCUCAAGCUGAGAGACCGACCGCAAGAAUUAGGUAUUUGGUUGACCAGGCUUUAUAUCUGAAAUGAUGCUUUAUAGUUGGGAUUUGAUGGGAGACCAAUUUGCUUUGCAAUCCAUCCAUAGGCAUGAUAUUUGUAUGAUAA